AUGUCGGAAUCAUUGCUGGUCCUGGAACGCAAUGCAGCUGAUCACAGCUUCUCCACCAAAGUAGGCUUUCAGCUUGUCUACACGUUCGUACCCUACCGUCUCGUGGCAACCACGAGUAGCGUGCUGACAGAGCUUUUCCACCGUCAGAACAUCCGAGGUGAGGACGUGCUCAACAUCCUUCCUACGGCAAACGGGCCGUCCCGUUUGCCCAUCAGCUCCCACUCAAGGUUACGGUUCACGACGUGCCCGCGCGAGAGCGACAACCUCACCGACAGUCGUCUCGGCGCCGAACACGGGUCACCCGGCCUCGAGAAUGGACUGGCCGCAUCUCUGGCCUCCCCUCUUUACAGCCACCCUCCUCCCCCUGACAAAGUAUGA